AUGGUGGAGCGCCAUCAGCUCCGCCGCAUCAUCGAAGAGACUGUGCAGCGCCACGCCGGCGCGGGCGCGACAACGGCGCCGCCGGAGGCCGCCGCAACCGGAACGGUGGCGGAGUCAACGGCCGUCAUCGAAACGCCGGUCAAAGAGCAAGUGAAAUGGCUCUUCUCUGAGUGGGAUCGGAAUGACGACGGCCUGGUCUCCCGUGAGGAGUUUACGGAUUGCUUGACCAAGCUCUGUGACUCGGUGGUGCUGGUGGUGCAUCGUGGUGAGAUGUCGAGCGAUGAUGUGGAGCAAGUGGUGAAAGCUGUGGACAAGAACAAAGAUGGACAGGUCGACACGGAAGAAUUUCUGGAUUGGGUCUUUUCAGGUGCCCAGCAUUCGGACAAGGUCCUGGCCGAGACUAGCGACCCCGCAGCCGAGAGCCAUGUGGCGCCGGUGGAACCCGGGGAUUCGGCGGAGGAGCCUCCGGCCGAGCUUCCAGCGGAGCCCAUUUCGGUGCCCGAAGCGCCGGCGCUGGAAGCGGUUGAGCCCUCGACCGCUGAAGUCGCUGCGGUACCUGCGGUACCGGAGACGCCGCUUCCGCCAGAGGCAGAUGUUUCUUUGGAGCCGAAGGAGGCCGAAGCAGAUCCUGGAGAUUUGCUGGCAAAUUUGGUUGGCCUGGGAGGUGGUCAGCUGUAUACCUGGGGACGUGGUACUGAUGGACAGCUGGGGCAGGACAAGGUGCGCUUUCCAUCGGUGAACUGUGCUUUGCCGCAGCCAGUUCCGGGGCUGCGCCGUGUGGUUCACGUGGCCUGUGGUGGUGGGCAGCAGGGCUGCACCGGCGCCGUGACGCUCUCAGGAGAGCUCUACACCUUUGGCAAUAACUUCAACAAACGUCUGGGGCACGGUGAUGGCCCCAAUCUGGCGGCUCCCAAGCGCGUGGAUGCCUUGGCAGGCGAGCAUGUGAUCAUGUCAGCUUUCAGUGCCGACCACGGUGCUGCGCUGCUGAAAGACGGUCGUGUCUUCCUGUGGGGCAGCAAUCGCUAUGGGCAGUUGGGCCGAGGGCACUGCGACAAGGCGUCAGGUGGGGUUCCCACCGCUGUGGUGCUUCCCGGAGCUUCAACCUUCAUUGAUUGCGAGGACGGAUACUCUGCAGCUGUGCUGGAUGAUGGGAAGCUGUUCACCUGGGGCUGUAACGGCCACGGAAGGCUGGGCCAAGGUGUCUCAGCAGAGCAUGUCUCUACACCCGGCUUGGCUUGUGACGGGGUGCGUAGUGUUUCCCUUGGCUCCCUUUAUGCUGGUGCCGUGACCAAAGCUGGAGGAUUGCUCAUGUGGGGCUAUGGGGGCCAUGGCAACCUUGGCCUUGGUGAUCGGAGAUCGCACAGCAGCCCCCAGGCUGUGAACGACUUGGAGCCCAUUCGGCAGCUUGCCUGCACUCGCGGCCAAGAAGGGUGUAAAGGUGGACUCAACCCGAAAGAUGGAGGGCAAGAGGGGCCUCACACCAUUGCCAUUGCUGUUUCAGGUGCAGUAUAUACCAUGGGCACGUGCCACAAGGGGUUGCUUGGCAAUUUGGGAGCCAAAGAUGGUGCCUUUGGAAGGCCUUGGGACGAGUUUAAGCCCUACCGCCUGGGUGGUCCCUUGCGGAAUGCCUCGGAACCGCCCAUGUCGCCACUGGGGCUGCCACCGCCCUACGAUGCCAUCGGCCCCGCCAUCCAAGCCGUGUCCGCGCACAUUCACUGCGCCGUGCUCUGUGCUGAUGGCAAGGCAUGGGCAUGGGGCUGCGGCAGCAAUGAUGGCCGUUGCGGUGUCGAGCGUUUUCUGAACAAGAAAGGCGAAGGGAAACCUCCAGAGGUGGACAUGAUGAAGUGUUACAUGAUGGGCCCUCACCGCAUUGGUGACUUGGAAUAUCUGAGGAUCAUGAACCAAAUUGGCUGGAGUUGA